CUUCUGACAGAAAAGAAGGAGGGAGAGGAGAAUGUUGGUGGAGUGGAGUGGUUACAGAUCAAGGACAGAGAUUUUUCCCAUAGCCGGCUCAAUACAAUUUGCAGUUUUUUGCGUGAAAAAGAAGAUUCUGAGGAGUCAGCUCAGGCCCAAGACAAAAUGGCUGAAGAGUCAGAAGGAGAGAAAGCCUAAAACUAAGAGAGCAAAAAGGUUUCUUGAGAAGAGAGAACCCAAACUUAAAGAAAAUACAAAAAAUGCUAUGCUGAUAAAAGGAGGAAAUGCAAACUCUACAGUAACUGAAGUGCUAAAAGACAUUUAUGCUGUGAAGAAGCCUUUUGCUAUACUGUAUAAAAAGAAAAAUAUUACCAGGCCUUUUGAGGAUCAAACAUCAUUGGAAUUUUUUUCCAAGAAGUCAGAUUGUUCUUUGUUUCUGUUUGGCUCUCAUAACAAGAAGCGACCUAACAACCUGGUGAUAGGUCGCAUGUUUGACUAUCAUGUGCUAGACAUGAUUGAGCUGGGCGUUGAGAAGUUCGUGUCCCUCAAGGAUGUCAAGAACAGUAAAUGCCCUGAAGGAACAAAACCUAUGUUAAUAUUUGCUGGUGACAUGUUUGAUGUAAAUGAAGAAUACAGAAGACUGAAGAGCCUUCUGAUUGACUUCUUCAGAGGUCCCAGCGUGCCCAGCAUUCGCCUGGCUGGCUUAGAGUGCGUUCUGCAUUUCACAGCUGUGGAUGGGAAGAUUUACAUGAGAAGCUAUAAGGUGCUUCUGAAGAAGUCUGGCUGUAAAAUACCAAGAAUUGAACUGGAAGAGAUGGGACUUUCCCUAGAUUUGGUUAUGAGGAGGACACAUUUAGCCUCAGAUGACCUUUAUAAGCUAUCUUUAAAACAACCAAAAGCCCUGAAGCCUAAGAAGAAAAAGAAUAUCUCCCAUGAUGUGUUGGGAACAACUUAUGGUCGAAUCCACAUGCAGAAGCAAGAUCUGAGCAAACUGCAGACACGGAAAAUGAAAGGGUUAAAAAAGAGGCCAGCAGAGAAGUCUGCUGAAGAUGGUGGGAGCAGGCCCAAGAAGUCAAAAUCAGCUUGAUAGCCUGGCACAGCUACAAAAACUUUGUACCUUCUAACUGAGCAUCUAUCUUGUAAUAUAAACAUUGGACACAAGCUAAAAGCAGCUCUAUCUUUUUACUUUUAUAAAAGGAUCUUUUUCCUGGUUUGUCAUUUUGAAGGGAACACAGGGAAGGGUAUUGAGCUUUAAUGGGAGACUUGAUUAUUUAAAAU